GCACUUGGCAUGAAAGUUUGGACAAAACCAGCCAGCCAUCCGCGACUACAGACCAACGCUCUCGUUUCUCUUCCUCUCUUCGUUGAGUUCAUCGAUGGAUGCUCCGAUGAGCCCACCGGUGAAGAGCCUGACCACCGACCGCAAGAUGGUCCAAGCCAGGGCGGAGGCCGGCGAAGCACCGCCCACUGAUUAUAUCGUCAAAGAUGAGUCCCAACACCCACUCGAUGCUCCGCCGCCGCUGACCGCUCCGCUUCCCGUCGUCCAUCUCGGCCAUCCGGAUGAGGCCGAGGAGAUCAAGACUGCUCUUCAGUCCUGGGGCAUGUUUCAGGUGAUAGAUCAUGGCAUGGCACCAUCCUUUCUUGAUGAACUACGAGAUGUUGAAAGAGCUUUCUUUAAACUUCCAAUGGAGGAGAAGCAAAAAUAUAGCAAUAUAAGAGAUGGAAAGUUUGGACAAGAGGGAUAUGGCAGUGAUGAAAUUAUAGUAGAAGGCCAGAUCCUUGACUGGACUGACCGCCUUUAUCUCUUAGUCCAACCUGAAGAUGCAAGGAAACUAGAACAUUGGCCAACAAAUCCAAAUUCUUUGAGGGAUGUUUUGCAUGAAUACACAAUGAACACAAAAAAGUUAGUUGAGAAUGUCCUGAAGACAACUGCAAAGUCACUGGAACUUAAUGAAGAUUUCUUCGUUAGCCAUCUCGGAGACAAGUUCACUAUAUUUGCAAGAUUUAACUACUAUCCAUGUUGUUUGAAGUCUGAUCUUGUCUUCGGCCUCAAACCUCACACCGAUGGCUCUCUGAUCACUGUAAUUUUACCUGACAAAGAUGUAGAGGGACUUCAGGUAAUGAAAGACGGUGAAUGGAUCACAGUGACAACUUGCCCUCAUGCUUUGAUCUUUAAUAUAGGAGAUCAAAUGGAGAUAAUGAGCAAUGGAAUAUUUAAGAGCCCUGUUCAUAGGGUGGUCACAUUUUCGGACAAGGAUAGGGUAUCUAUUGCUAUGUUUUGUUCGAAUUUACCGGAACAAGUGAUAGGACCAGCAGAUGAACUAGUGAAUGAUAUGAGACCAAGGAUGUACAAAAAUUUGAAGGUGAGGGACUAUCUUGAGGUGUUUAUCCAGAGGUUCUUACAAGGAAAGAGGGCCAUUGGUUGGGCUCAAGUCUAAUAAAAACACUAGAACUAUUCAGUGACAAAAAGACUACGUACCUUGUAGCCGUAAUACAUAUAGGUGAGAGGAGAAAUUUCAGGAUAUGUCACAAGUAAAAUAUUUCCUUGUAAGAGUUAUUUAAAUGAGUUAAUGAAAAUGAUGUUAAAGUUUUGUUUUUGUUUUUA